UGUUCCUCCAUAAAUGGCGGAGGCUUAAGGGGACGCCAUUGGAAGCCGAUGGAGACCAGCUCUGGAUCCUCCGUCCAUUCAGUGCCUUCCUCUCUCUGCUUCAAAUACUCCUCCAUCUCACCGCAUCUCCCAUUGCAUCGCGCACUAUUGCCAUUGCUAUUCUCUGUUGUAGUUUUUCUGUUUCCAUUUUUUGUUCGUCCGUCGCAGUUUCCGAUCCACAAUGUCGUGGCAGACGUACGUCGACGAUCAUUUGAUGUGCGACAUCGACGGCACCGGCCACCAACUCGGCGCCGCAGCUAUUCUCGGCCACGACGGCGUCGUCUGGGCGAAGAGCGCCGCAUUUCCUGACCUCAAACCAGAUGAAAUCAACGGUAUACUGACUGAUUUCAACGAGCCAGGACAUCUCGCCCCAACCGGUCUGUUCUUCGGCGGCGCAAAAUACAUGGUGAUCCAAGGCGAACCAGGCGCCGUCAUCCGUGGAAAGAAGGGGUCGGGAGGGAUAACCAUCAAGAAGACGGGGCAAGCGCUAGUUUUUGGUGUGUAUGAGGAGCCGGUGACGCCGGGACAAUGCAACAUGGUUGUGGAGAGGCUGGCGGAUUAUCUGAUCGACCAGGGGAUGUAGGGCGAUUUGUCUUGUCGAGGAAAAGCUUAUGGGCAGGGGAGUUUAGUGAUAUGAUAUGUGUAUUUGCAUUUGGUGUUUUAGCUAUAGCUAGGAUUCGAAAAAGGUAUGAAAUUAGGACAAAUAAUUGAGCACCCUUUGUUGGUGAUUUUGGAAUUCAGACACAAAACUAUGUUACUUCUACUUAUAUCAUAGAUGCUUACAUAUAUCUUAAUACA